CUUCUCGGUAUAGCAUGAUUUAUAAAGAUCGCGCCGGCUCCAGUCUCUAAACCCUACCGGUCUCCCUCUCUCGCUUCAACGACUACCACGUUGCACAGCCUGAUACCAGCUUUCCUUGACUUUUCAGUUACUCGCUGUGUGAAGAUAAAAUCGAUGACCGAAGACUCAAUUCCUAAUAAGAGGAUCUUCAAAGAUCCAGUACAUGACUAUGUGGAGUACGAUCCAUGGAUUUGCAGCUUCAUAGACACACCGCACUUUCAACGGUUGAGAUAUGUAAAACAACUAGGGAUCUCGUACUAUGUGUACCCAGGAGCGUCUCACAAUAGAUUCGAACAUUGUCUCGGCGUUGGCCACCUGGCCAGGAUGAUGGCUCAACAUCUUCAGAAGAGCCAGCCAUCGUUGGGUAUCACAGAUGAGCAUAUACGAUGCGUUGAGCUUGCUGGACUGUGCCACGACCUUGGCCAUGGGCCUUGGUCCCAUGUUUGGGAUGGCCAUUUUAUCCCCAAAGCCCUUCCUAAUCACCCCAAAUGGAGUCAUGAGCAAGCGUCGGAGAUGAUGUUUGACGACAUGGUGAAGAAGUAUCGUAGCCUUGACAUCUCGCCUGAGGACGUAGAGACCGUGAAGGCACUCAUUUCUGGCAGGAAGGAGCGAUGCAAGCUUGGAGCGACUAUGCCUUUUUUGUUCGAGAUUGUUGCCAACGAUCUCAAUGGCAUUGACGUGGACAAGUUCGAUUACAUUGCGCGUGAUUGCCACGCUGUCGGCGAGAAACGCAAUAUUGCCAUGACAAGAUUGAUUCAUUCCGCCCGCGUCAUUGACGGUCAAAUAUGCUAUGACAUCAAGGAUGCCAACUCAGUCUACGAACUAUUUUACACUCGUUUCUCGUUGCACAAAAAUAUCUAUAAUCACAAAACUACUCGCGCCAUUGAAUACAUGAUCAUGGACGUGCUUCUAAUUGCGCAGAAGCACAUGAAGUUCGCAGAGUAUAUCGACGUGCCUGAAAAGUAUCUUCAUCUCACGGAUGAUCUCUUCCACCGCAUUAACAUGACCGAAUCGGAAGAACUCGAACCAGCGCGCAAGAUCAUCCACCGUAUCCAGACCCGUGACCUCUAUCGCCGGGUGGACUACAAGAUCAUGGACUGGGAUGACAAAGAAUUUUGUCAGGCACAUAUCACGCCUGAGGCAAUCGUUCAUGCUGCUAAAAAUGCCAACCUUGAAGGCGUCGAACAGAGCCUCGUCGCUGAGCUCACUGUUGACCACGUUAUCGUGGAUGUGAGCAAGAUGCACUACGGCCGAGGAGUGGACAAUCCCAUCUACCAGGUUAAAUUCUACAGCAAGCAUGAACCAAAUGUGUGCCGGCGGGCCGAGUCUGGAGAUGUCUCCCUUUUGAUGCCCGAGAAGUUCGGCGAGCUCCUCCUGAGGAUUUACACCAAGGAAGAGAGAUUUAUGGGCCUCGUGCAAACCGCGUACCGGCAUGUGCUCAGGACCCUUCCUAUGCCUAGCGAGGCAGCGGGAAUAGUCACUAUAGUACCAACACCUCCCGCCACUGAAGCGCCUUCUACCCCAAGGGCACUUUCGUCUACCCUGAGUUUUGGUGUACCUCAGAGCCGUGCUUCAAGACCUUUCGGACGCACACCCAGCUAUUCGGACAACCAAUUCACUACACUUCCGCCAAAUUGCCAGAGCCGCUCUCCGACGAGGAUAUCAUCACGAAACUUGAAGAGGGCUAGAGAGACCAGUAUCGAGUUGGACAUUGACAAUCCUCCUCCGACUAGGAAGAGUAUGCGUUUGGCAUCAGUGUCAGGGCCGGCAAAAUGAUCUUACUUCCAUACUCCUGAUGGGUUCAGCUAUUUUUACAGUUUCCUGCCUGCAAGUGUUAGAUUCGCGCGUUUGAUGCAUUUCCGUUCCGCAUUCAGCCUGUAUUCAUUCACGAUUUGUUGGAAAGAAGAAUUCACUUACUAUACAAAUUUUAUAACACGCUUCGCACUCUAGACCAGUACCAUAACAUAUACACUUACUUGACACACCGG